CCGGAGACCCCGUCGAGCCGCCGAACCCACCCCAGGCCCAUCCGAUGGCGGAAAAAAUGGCCCCAGAACUCCCGGCGGGGAGCGGCGCGGACCAGGGGAAGGGAAGAGAGGAAGCUGGAGGGAGAGGCGCUCCAAACAUCCCGGCGCAGAACGCAGCCCGCAACGCCGUCGAGGCUCCUGGGCCCGCGCCACCGAGGAAGCGCCGCUACCGGACAACCUUCAGCGACUCCCAGCUGGAUGAACUGGAGCGCGCCUUCCGCACGUCCCACUACCCCGACGUGGGCACCAGGUAG